CACACACACACACACACACACACACCGUGGGGCACGCAGACGGAGUGUGUGGAGAAGAAACUAAAGAAAUAACCAGGAACACUUGGGAGAGAGAGAGAGAGAGUGCAGAGCCCAGAGCAGAGGAGACAGGAAAGGAGGAGGAGGAGGAGGCGAGAAAAAGAGAGUCAACGAGAGACAGAGGGGAAGAGGACAGAGAGAAGCGUCGCAGGCUUCCUUCGGCAGCCACCGAGCAGACAUGCCUAACUUUGCCGGCACCUGGAAGAUGAAGAAGAGUGAGAAUUUUGAUGAACUUCUCAAAGCCUUGGGAGUGAACACCAUGCUGAGGAAGGUGGCCGUGGCGGCGGCCUCCAACCCCCACGUGGAGAUCCGUCAGGACGGGGACAAGUUCUACAUCAAAACCUCCACCACCGUGCGCACCACCGAGAUCAACUUCCACAUCGGCGAAGAGUACGACGAGGAGACCGUGGAUGGGCGAAAGUGCAAGAGCCUCGCCACCUGGGUGUCGGAGAACAAGAUGUCCUGCAAGCAGACUCUGGUGGACGGUGACGGCCCCAAAACCCACUGGACCCGAGAGCUCGUCGGUGACGAGCUCAUACUGACCUUCGGGGCGGACGACGUCGUGUGCACACGGAUCUACACCCGGCAGUGAAGCCCCUAAAAAAUAAAUAAAAACCUUCAUCGGGACAAGACGGAAGCUCCGCAGUUGGACCACGACGAACACCUCGAACCCCAACGGCACGCCGUCACGCUAACACACAUUUGCAAAGUCAUCCUGUGUAGUCUCCACCAACCCAAUAGCAGCGUCUGUGUAAUCUGGUUAUUUGUAGUGAGUGUUGUGUCUGCAGUACAGUAGCUGGACAUCUCAGUGUCCGUAUAUAUAUAUAUAUAUAUGCAAAAUCGGUGUCAGCUGUGUGUACGUAGGAUUUAUCCAUCAGUUGCAUUGAUUAAGUAUUCAUGUCCGAUGACAGGAAACAAUAAAAACACGG